GUUCCGACAUGCUUUGGAGCCAUCACAAAAAACUUACGUGAUGCAGGCCAAUAAUAUGACUUUUUCUGAUAUCAGUGAGAAUGUUCGUAGACGUAGGGCAACUGUGAACUUGUCACGUUCCCUUGGUUGUCACAGAACCACUUAUAAUCGGAGGUGGAAUAAAAUGAGAGCUGCUUUAAUGAAAAAAUAUCACUUUCCUUCGGUCAGUGAGUUUGCUAAUGAAAGCACCGUAAAAGAAGUAAAGAGAGAAGUCAGUUGUAAUGAAAGUACUUCGAUUAGUACACCGUCCACUAGCAACAUCAAUCAAAGGCUUCCAGCUAAUAGUGGUAUGAACAUUAAAUUCGUACGUGAAUAUAUAUCUUAUAGGAUGUACUGAAGUGAACUUGUGCUCUACAAAGUUUGUGAAUCGCAAAGAACAGAUGAACGACUUUAUGAUGUAUCUAAUGUCAAAUACAUCACUGAGCAUAAAAGAUGCUGAUCGGGUUCUGUAUGGUCUAAGAUUUCUUAUCCCGGACAUACCGAAAAGCAUCAGAGGCGUUUUGAAGACAUGUCCAUGUGUUCAACCCAAGUUCAUGCGUUUUGUUCUGUCGCAUC